AUCUACUGACUCUACUGUAUGCUACGAGCAUCGGCGGCUAUGGAAUUAGUCAAUAGAUUAGAUUUUAACAAAAAUGCUGAAAUUCAUAAACACUUUGAGUUUGAAGUUUCAAAAUCACUGGUGUUCUGAGUUUAAUGAUGAAUCUUCGUUCUCUUCCUGCAACAGCAUCUUUCGUUUCGUCCACUCCCAAAGCAACCAAUGAUGCUACCCACAACCACAAGUAUCUGAAGCUCCCAAAGCUGAUCAACUCAGGCGCGCCAAGCAAACUCACCACCGAGUUUCUCUCCCCUGACUCGCCAGACCGCACCGGCACCACCAUCACCAAACCAUGCUUCUGUGGAAGAAGGCAUUUCAUAGAAGCUGCAACACUUGGAACUACACGGUUCCCAAUUCAACCAGCCAGAGCCAGCAAUUUAGAACCUGAUUCUGAUUACAAGGUUUUGCUUAACAAGUUUCACCCACCAAGACCUGAUUGGUAUGAGGAGCUAUAUGCUUGGGUUUUGAAUUCAGCUACUAAGUCUUAUGAAGCUGAGGUUGCUAAGUACAAGUCUCAAAUCUUCAGUAACUUGAAGGGGAAGGCUAACAGAAUCUUGGAGAUUGGCAUUGGACCUGGUCUUAACCUCAGUUAUUAUGGUAGUGAUCCAGGUGUGCAGGUUGUUGGCAUUGAUCCAAACUUGAAGAUGGAAAAGUAUGCUCAGUCCUCGGCUGAAUCGGCUGGACUGCCACUUUCAAAUUUCGAGUUUAUACAAGCUGUAGGAGAGUCUAUACCACUAAGUGAUGCUUCAGUCGAUGCAGUUGUUGGAACACUUGUAUUGUGUUCUGUUAAAUAUGUUGAUUUGACACUGAAAGAAGUGAUGAGGGUGCUGCGACCUGGUGGACUUUAUGUGUUUGUGGAACAUGUAGCCGAGAAAGAUGGAACAUUUCUCAAAUUUUUACAGAGAGUUCUUGAUCCACUGCAACAGACAGUUGCCGAUGGGUGUCAUCUUUCUAGGGAAACUGGAAACAAUAUAUCCAGCGCUGGAUUUUCUAAUGUUGAGCUUGAGAUGGCAUACUUAUCAAAUGCUUCAUUUGUAAACCCCCAUAUAUAUGGAAUAGCUUACAAGUAGCAUCAAUUGCAUAUUUGCUUUGCCUGCCGGUAAGGUUGCUGGGAAAGGAUUAUAGCCAUUUUCAGGUACUUACACACACUAUAGUGCUGGUUUCGAUAUUAACAACCCGCUGAGUUGUCACUCUAACCUUGAAGCUUUGCUGUGUACAAACAUGUUUACAUAUAUGUGCUCACCAAUUCAGCACCAAGUUCAACUUGCAUUGCCUAAUGGUUGAGCUAUACUGGAUAUGCAUGUUUUGAACUAGAUUAUGGUGGUGCAUCUAACCAUCUGAUUAUUUAUGCAGAAGCUUUUGCUGCGCAUCUGCUGUUGUUGUUACCAACUAUUUUCACCAGAAACAUUUGUAUAACUUGUAUAACAAUUUAGUGUGGAUUCUUGGUAUCCAAAGGAAAGGCAGUUAUCUGUCAACAUCCAACUCCAUUAAUAAUGUAAUGAUGAAAUUGGCACUCCUGCGUUGAGAUUAUGUAUAUCCUUGUUAAUUUCCACACCUUUAAAUAUAUAGAUCUAUAAUAUGCAUUUAA